GACGGCAUGGACAGGACAGGAAGUCUCCCACAUGAUUUUAACUCUAGUACUGAGAUGGGUGGUCACCAUUUUGGUCCUUUGGGGCGAACGGGUCGACAGCGCUCGAGCUCCUUGGAGCUGAGGGCGGCUCGUCCGUCCUGGCAGCUCGACUCCGACGUGAAGCUGGAGGAGAGAGAAGAGUCCGCCGACGACUUUGAGUUCAUAGACGCAGGAUUCUCACAGUGUCCGAGAGACAGAGCCCAACACGUUUAUCUGGAAUCACCUGUUCAUCCUGCAAUAGGUGGUUCUCCAGUGGAAACCAGCUUCAGCCCUCCCUCCCCACCUGUGGUGCUCCCUCCACCAUCUCCUCCCCCUCCUCCUCUCAUCCAGCCCGCCGCCUCUCCACUCCCUGCUCCACCCGACCCUAACGCCCUCCCCUCUUCUCUCCGCCAUCACCUGGACUCCCCCGGCCUGGAACCCGUCCUCAAGCACCUGCUGGAGAGCUUCCAGCGGCUGGUGUCGGACACCCGGGGCCUGCUGGUGCAGCUGGAGAGCCAGCGGCAGGAGCAGGCCCGGUGGCACCAGGAGCUCCUCACCCAGUGGCUGGAGCGGGAGGAGCGUCGGCAGAGGGAGACGGCGGAGCGGGAGGAGAGGAGGGAGAAGGCUCGCAUGGAGCACGAGUUCCGGGUCCUGGAGCUCCUCACCAGUCUGGGCCGAGAACCUGGGUUUAGAUGUGGAGGCGGCCAGACGGCACCAGAGGCAGCGACGGGUCCCAGUGUCAACACGGACAGGAAGAGGAACUAGGUUGUUGAGGAUUAAUGUUUGACCCAAAGUGUGGAAUCAGGUGGAAUCAGGAAGAACCAAAUAACGGCUCUGAUCAUGUAAACCACCACGAUGAUGACAGAUUCAAGAAGUUCCACCUGAUCUGCCAGUCGCCGAAUAGUUUUAGCAAAAAAACCCAAAUCUGCACAGAACUCACAACGAAGGAAAGACUCCUGAUCAGAUGAACUCUCUCUGUGUUGUUUGGAGUGAGAUUUACACCGAACCAGAAACAGGAAGUUGACCCUCACACCAGCUGACAGCAGGUGGUUGGUUUGUCUCUCUGGUCCCUGGAACCACACGUGUCCUGAGAUUCAUCCGUGUUGAUUGAACCAAAUGUAAUUUAAUCCUUUCAAUGCACUUUAAGAGAAAUUAAAACCUCGAUAUUUUUCAA